AUGAUUAAGCUCCUAAUCUGUUGGUGUUUCAUCAAAUUUGCUGCUGUGAUUAGGCUCCUGAUUUGCUGUUAUAAUUUCACCAAAUCUGUUGCUGUAAUUUCGGUUCUGAUCUUCAGCCUUGAAUUCAGUUUUGAUGACUUCAUUCUCUACAGAAUAGAAGAAAUGAAGAACCAUGAGUCUAUAUUUCAUCUUUUUCAGCUUCUAGUUGUCUCCAAAAUGAGAAAGGGGAUUACUUAUCCUUUAAGUAAAGGGCACUUCGUGACUUGCUCCAAAGACUUGAAUUCAGAAUUAUUUUUUGCAGUUUUAGGGGGUCUAGGGCAGUUUGGCAUCAUAAAUAGGGCAAGAAUUGUCCUAGCAAAAGCACCAACAAGGGUGAAAUGGGUGAAAAUGCUAUACCAUGAUUUCUCAAUCUUUACAAGAGAUCAAGAACAACUUAUCUCAAUCAAGGGUCCAGAUUAUUUGGAAGGCUAUCUCAUGAUGGACUACAUUCCUGUAAAUGAAUGGAGAUCUCCCUUUUUCACACCUUAUAAUGAGUCCCAAAUUUCUUCUCUUUUGAAGAAAUACGGCAUCCUCUAUGGCUUAGAGAUGGUCAAGUAUUACGAUGAUGAGACCGCCAAUUUAGUGGAUAAAGAAGUCCAAAGGUUGCAGGACGGAUUGAACUACAUUCCUGGUUUCUCUUUCACGAGAGAUGUAACCUAUGUUGAUUUCCUCAAUCGAGUUCGACAAGAGGAGAUAGCCCUAAGAUCAGGAGGAUUAUGGGAUGUUCCUCAUCCAUGGCUGAAUCUUUUUGUACCAAAGUCUCAUAUCAUGGAUUUCAAUGCUGGUGUUUUUGUAGAUAUUCUUCACAGUAAAAAGAUGUCCAAAGGGCCUUUACUUGUCUACCCAACGACUAAAACAAAAUGGGAUGAUAGGAUGUCUGCUGUUACGCCAGAUGAGGAUAUCUUCUACCUUGUUGGAAUAUUGCAAGCAGGCAGUUUCGAUAAUUGGCAAGAGUUGGACAAUAUAAACAAUGAAAUUCUGGAAUUCUGCAACAGAGCUGGAAUAAACAUUAAGCAGUAUCUCCCACACUACACAUCCGAAGAAGAUUGGAUAAAGCAUUUUGGUUCAAAAUGGAACACUUUCCGAGAAAGAAAAGCACGGUUUGAUCCAAGAAUGAUAUUGUCACCAGGACAAAAAGUUUUCGAUUCUGUUUGA